GAACUAAUAAUAAUUAUACAUAUUAUACUUCUAGAAUGGAGCCAAGAAGCCGGUGUGACUUGUGAAUUCAAGGCGUAUACGGGUCUCGGGCAGUCGAUCAACGAUAAGGAACUGAAGUAUAUAGAGUCAUGGAUCAAGUUACGGAUGCAGAGUUCUUCGUCUUCUUCUUGA